GUAAAACAAACAAUCUCACAGCUGACAACAAAGGAUAUGAUACGCAUCCGUUAUACUCGGUCAAUGGUGACCUGGCUUAUCUGAGCAUGAAAACUGACGGCUUUGAAGCUGAUAAGAAUGAUAUCAAGGUAAUAUCCAAUGGUAUCACCACCAAUCUGACAGCUCGAUGGGAUGAAUCAGUCAAUAGUUUUAUUUGGGCAGCAGAUGGGUGGACCGCAAUCAGCAUUGACACAGUUCUACUCUUACAGAUGGAAUCUCCACCUGAUGGCCAGUCAAGGGUACAUCGUAGUAGCACCAAACAGGCG